AUGCAUAUGAUGUGUGUCGCUUUGAAAGAUCUUAUGAGGACCAAUCAUUUCCCGCGUUGUGCAGGAUAUUCUGCCGAAAAGAUCUUAAAGCAUUGGAAUACAUCGACGAUCUAUUAUGGUACUAUACUGCUGGUUAUGGAAAUCCUUCAAACUUACAAAAAGCUUGUCCUAUGGCCAGAAGUCUUUUAGAAUCUUUCGAAAGAAAAACUGAAGAACGCGGUCCUAUUGGUGCUUUUCAUUUCGGUAACGCUGAUGACAUAUUUAUUGUAUAUGUCAUGCUGGGUCUAGCCAAAGAUGAUGUUUCAUUAACGGCAGAUAACUACAAAGAAAUGGCGGACCGUGAGUGGAGGACUUCCUUGAUGUCUCCAUGGCUUGCGAACUUCAUGGCUGUACUUUUCAAAAGCAAUAGUGAUGAAUACAGAGUAGCGUUUUAUUUCAACGAAAGACAUACGACCAUAACGCUAAAUGACGGGUCUCCGUGUGAAGAGUGUCCGUGGACCGAAAUUGAAAAGUUGUUAAUGAAAUAUAUUAAUGACAAUCAGUGUAUUUAGGUUG